GUGUCUUAUAUCUCACAGAGAGAAUGUGAGGCUCCUGGGGGGAAGAUUCCCUGCUGCACCUGCAGCAGCUGGGCGGCCCCAGGCACGGUGCACCAGAGCAGCUGCCUUAUUGCCCCCGAGGAGUUCUUCAGGUUCUUCCUUGAGGCGCUGUAAAUCUCUGCUGCUUUGGCACGUCCUUCUCCAUCCCCGGGCACCGAGGCUCUGCCUGACAGCUCUGGGGCUGCGUGAGCUGCUUUGCAGGAGGAGAGAUGGGGAAAAGAUAUUUCUGUGAUUACUGUGACCGGUCCUUCCAGGACAACCUGCACAACAGGAAGAAACACCUCAACGGAGUGCAGCAUCUCCGGGCUAAAAGAGCCUGGUACGACUUGUUUCGAGAUGCUGCUGCUAUCCUGCAAGAGGAGCAGAGCAAGAAGCCCUGUCGGAAGUUUCUACAAACAGGGCAGUGUGACUUUGGGUCCAACUGCAGAUUUUCCCACAUGACAGAGCAGGACUUGGAGAAGCUGAGUGCACAGGUGCAAGGGGAGCAGAGAUUGAGGGAGCUGCGGCAGGAAGGAGCAGAAAUCCCACCUGGCACCAUUGAGAACUGGCUGGAGAAGAGAGCCAAGAGGCUGAGCGCGGCUCAGAGCAACAGUGCCCUGCCUGAGAAACCCACGCCCUUCCAGUACCCCCCCGGCUGGCCCCCUCUGCAGGAGCUGCCCCCAUCUCUGGCUUCUAUGCUGUGUGCCUGA